UUCCAUUGAUUGCGAGAACCGAGAACGGAUGCGUAAAAUACUUGAUCACGAACAUUUGCUAUAUUUUGCUCUAUUCUUGAAUUGAUGUCCAUUUUGACGGUUGUGGAUGUUCAAAGAAUGAUAGAGCUCAAUUACUGCUGACAAGAUCUUACAGUAAAGGACCAACGAAAACAAAGGACGGCUUUCUGAAUCACCAGGCGAGACAACAGGGUCUGUGUCCGUGAUGAGAAAAAUGAGAUAAAUACACACAUUGAAAGAAUGAUGACUACCACUCUUUCAUAACUGAAGAACCUCUUAAAGCUGUAUACUAAAGCAUCAACUGAUUGUAACCUCCUACAUCAGUGUUGAGCACGUCAUCCUAGCGGGGAAUCUGGUCCAGUACACCCCGGGCGCAAGUGCCAGUGUGCGGACCCCUAGAUAAGCAACCAUGUCUGGUCCUAUGCACGCAGGUCUGUGAUGGAGUUCAACCCCCUGGACCUGUUGGCCAGCGCUGCUGAGCUUCAACAAAAAACAGAUGACGGUACCGAGAGGAUUAUCCUGACUCGACAGAAGCACCAGAGUGGAACCAAACCCUCCACAACUGUUAAUGGGCAAAAGGAAAACCGGGAAAUCCACAACAACAACAAUGGGAAAAUGCGCCCGAAGCCCAGUGUUGUUAUUGUGAAAAAGAUGAAGGUGGACAAAGGGCAAGCAGGGCUGGAGAAAAUGUUUGAUGAACAUAAUUAUGGAAAUGCUAAGAAAAGUAAUAAAUUUGACUUGUUGAAAGAUGAUAGCUCCGAGUUAAACAGCAAUAAAAUGAGACGUGCUAGUUCAGAUUUAGAUACACAAAGCUAUGGCCGUUCACAUGUAAAUGAGGUUUCUGAAGUGGGAAAUAGAGAUAACACCACAAGUCCUCCAGCCCAUAGCCUGACUGUUUCACAUACAAAUAAUAGUGAGUCAGCUGAGAGCACAUGCGAAGGGAAGUGUACAUGUGGCCACAGUGAUAAUAAAGUGACAUGCUCUAAUGCUUGUAGUUAUACUAGGACAGAAAAUGAAACAAGGGAUAAUAAAUGUUUGAAGUGUACUAACAACUGCUCAUGUAGUGGUAAUAGAUCUUUACCUGUUGAGGAUUGUGAUAGGAUUGAGCAUUCAAAGGUGACCAACAUUAAUACUGGCUUAAAUGAUAACAAAGAUAAUUGCUCUGAUAAGGUUAUUAUGAGAUGCACAAACACUGGUAGCAGUCAUAACAUUGGAGUGUCCAAACAAGAUGGGGAUGUACCAACUAGAAUGAUUGUGAAUAGACUGAAACUGAAUGAUAAAACUGGGGAAUUUAUUACACAGAAUGGUGCCAAAGUUAUAAUCAAGUCGCCUUUGAAUGGAAAUAUCAAGAAAUCUAAUGAAUCUCUUACAUCAGAGGAAUUUAAGAACAAAGCUUAUUCAAAUAAUAAUGGAAAGGUGCAAAAUAUGGUGUCUUUAAAGGGAACAAAAACUGCUAAACAAGAGACAUCAAAUCACAAGUCUACCUCUGUAAUAACUAGUGCGAAAAUGCCUUAUGUGAAGGUAAUGCCAGCAAAGGAGCUGCACUCUGAGACUUGUAUCGACAAGAAAAAGCCUGAGACUCUAGUGAUCAAUAUUUCUCGUGGACUUAGCUCUGGCAGCAAUCUGACAAAAUCAGCAGGUCUUACCAAUAGGCAGUCAGUUCAGUCACAAGCAGAAAACAGUGACACAUCUUGUCACAACAAUAAUAAUUGUGAAGCAAAAAUCUCAAAUAAUGUUGGGAUCAUUAAAUCCAUUGUUGUAAAUGAAAGUGUAAAUGAAUUGAACAAGAAAAACAGUGAAUUAAGCACAAAACGUAAGCCUGUUAUUUAUACUAUGGUUCCAAAUCGGAAGCCAAAAUUAGAGAUGCCAGAUUGUAAUUCCAUCAGUUGUCAGGCUAAAUCAACAACUUGCAGCACUCUCAAGGCUUUGGAUCUGACAGACACCAUGUGUACGGAUGAUUCCUCAACAAGUGUUCAUUUGCUUUCCCCGGACAGGCGAAACCCCGACUCUAUGGGAGUUGUGGAAAGCCCAGUCUUGUCCACGGACUCUGAUCUCAUGCAUGACGAACCUUUGGAUGUAAAUAUUUGUGAUAAAAAGCAAGGAACAAUCCUUUUUUCAACAGGUAGUGAUACAAUAGGGUCAAAACUUACUUCAGAUUCAUUAGAAACUCAGUGUGAAGCUUUGCCUACACAUAGUGAAAAUUUACACCAGGAUAGUGCUAUGGACUUAGAAACAACUGGAAUUGACUCGAUAUCAGAUACCAGGGAACUUAUGAAAGAAUCGAGGCUAGAAUCCACAGAAAAUCAGGAUAGUUGUGAUAUUCGUAGUGCUAAUGACUUGUUAACAGAAUCUAAGGGAAAUGAUGUACCAAUUUUCAGGUUUGAUUCGGACCAUUGUUAUGCAGGGGCCCCAGGAGUAAAAACAGGUAGUCAAAAUAAGAGUGCAGAAAUACAUACAGAUACACAAACUGUUUCAGCAGAAAAGCCUCAUACUCAAUUAGAAGAAGCCCGGACUCCAUUGGGCUCCACUAGUGAGCUAUCCCAGGAUAGCGGUUAUGAAGACACUACAACACAGUCACCAGUAGCGGACCCACCUGCCACUGUUGUGGUCCCCACAAGUGAGAAAUCUGGUGUGAAAAACUUGGUACCUGUCCUUGUCAGUGUGAACAGUAAUGGCAGUUUGACCUUGCAUGAUUCAAACCUUUCAAAAAGCCUUGGAGGCAAGAUGUUUGCAAUACCUGAAAAUUUUGCCUCCGGGAUUAAACUCAUUCCUGGGCCCAAUUUUACUUCACUGGCUCAGCCCUUGAUAUUGUCACCUGUGGGAAAAAGUACGUCACCAGUGAUAGUAGAAGCACCCAAGCAGACACCCAAACUGGUUCCAACUAGAGCAGAGAGUAUUCUUGGAUUGUUGAGUCCACAAAAAGCUGAUCUUAAAUCUGCUUUCCAGUUAUCACAGUCGGCCAAGCUGCAAGCCUCCCCUCCAAAAGUUGGCAAAUUUAAGAUUGGAUCAUUUGCAUCAUUUAGUAACUCUGGUAUGGGCAUUGAAAGUAACACACCCAUAUCAAAUAUGGGCAGUUUGAACAAAUCUCUAAUGCCAACAUCUGCACUGGAAAUUGCAGAAAAAAUGAAAAAGCCGUUGUCCAGAAGCAGGUCAAACAGUGGCAAAUCUUCACCAGCAACUGACAGUCUUGGCUCACUUGUACAGAAAGUAAAGGGCAACUUGGCUCAUUCUCCGGUGACAGCUGUUGAAAAUGGCUUCAGCACGCCACAAGAUCAUAUUCAGCAUGAUCACGACUAUUGUACAAAGAAUCUUAUGCCCACUAUGGUCACAAGUUUACUAGAGCAAAGGCUAUUGCAGAAAGAUGUCCCAAAAUCUAAGCCUGUUCACCAUGGUAAAGGAAAGAAAAUUGACACAGACUAUCACAGAGAUACACAUAAAACAGAAAGGAGUGGUAAAAGAAAAAGGCUUUCCUCAUCUUUGUCAAAGUUAGACUCUUUGGAUGAUAUAGAAGUUGACAGUGAAAGUGACACACAGAGCAUACCAGAUAAACCUAAGGGAAGGUUUGAGAAAUUUCUUGAAAAGACUCGAACCGCAGACCCAAAAGUGAAAAUAACAGGCAGUAGUAAUUUUCAGGACCAGUUUGUUUAUUUCAUGAACACGACCAAGCGUAGCAGAAGACGUGAAAGUAAAGACUCUCCGCUACCAUUGUCAGGGGACCGUGUAUUUAUACCCCCUAAGCCUGGAGAUAUUAUAGUGCCUCAUUUGACCGACCAAGACAUUGAGAACUUAAAGUUACGGUCCAAGAAUGCCAAGAAUUCCAGUCUGCAGGGUUCCAAUUUCCUGAAAAAUGAAUUUAUGGCUGCUAAGCUAGCCAAUCAGCAGUUUUCAGCUCAACCUACGAGCGAGUCUGCAGAUGAUGAAAAGAGUAUCAUCAACACCAUUCUCAGUAUGGAAAAUGAUGAAAGUUUAGCUUCUCCAGCUACUAGUGAACCCCCAGGAUAUAACGAGUCUAUGGAGAUGUAUGGUCAGGGCAUUGGUAAUGAAUCAAAUGACAUCAUGAACUUAUUCUCUGAGCAGAUGAAUUUAACCCAAGAACAAAUGGAUUUAUUGUUCAGUGCUGUAGAUGAGGUGCAGAAUUCCUCCCCAGGACUGUUGAGCUCUGAUAAGCUAUCCCCAGGUUCAACUAACCCCACAUUAAGUCAUUUCCCUAUCCCUGAGUUUGGGGCAACCACUGAUUUGGUCAGCACCCCUGUGCCCAAUUCCCAGACCCCAGGUUCAUCAGAAACAAACAUUCUAGGCACAAGCCAAACAUCUGUUACCGAUAAACAGUCAUUGGAGGAUAAUGUAGUGUCCGGGGCUCAAAAGGUUAUUGAAAAAUCAUCCGUUGCACCAGCAGUCACUACAGCAGCUGAUGCUAUUGCUAGCACUACAACUACAACUUCUUCCUCCAGCAAGAUGGCAGUUACAUCAGAGACCACCCAAGCUGUUGCAGCGGGUAGUGAACCCCCUGCAAACCUCACAGUAUUAUCAGCAGCGACUGCAGCAACUGCAGCAACAGCUACAACAACAACAACAACAGCCCCAGUUCUGUCUGACAACACCACAACAACAACUACAGCUGUUACUGGUGGAGAGCCGUCGAUACAGAUUCUUGAUGAGGGCAUUAAAGAUGCGAGCUCAGAAACUGGGUUGGAGAAAGAAUCAAUGGAAGUUGAUGCACAUGGAAAGGAGACUGAGCAAGUAGAAGAGGUUAAAAAUGAAAACACUGCCCCUCCAUCGCCUGGUGGCUCAAUACCACAAUCUACAGAAAAAGAAAAUGUUUGUGAAAAUUUAGAAAGCAACACAUUUUUGACCUCAAAUCAAGAGAAUGACCAAAAAACACUAAACUCAGAUAGUUCCUCAGCUAAUUUUAAUUCACUGCCACCAACACCCAGUAACACUGACUCUGGUAGCAUUUCACAAGAAUCAUCCCUCCCUGCGUUGGCAGACUCAGUAUCUGUAUCAGAAAAGAGCUUGUUCCCAUCAGGUGUUGGAAGUGCUGCUACAACUGUUGUUCCUGACCUGACGAUGACCCAGUCAACUCCGUCUUUGACCUCAGACAUCUCUCUGUCACAACUGGACAUUCUUGGCAAUGACUUUAAGCUAGAUGGGUAUAAAUCGGACCUGUUUACCGAUACAAGUGUUCCCCCGGUCUCUGCGGGUUCUUCUGUGGGCCCCUUAACUCUUCCUCAGGCUACCACUUCAAUAGAUUUCCAAGCUUCUAACUCCCUGAUAGACUAUCAGGCACCAUGGAUUGUGACUAUGAGCAUGUUCUGGAAUGAUCUGCCCGCUAUAAUGAUUAAGAACCAGCCUUUUGUGAGGUUGGUAGACAUUCACAAACAAAUAUUGCCAGCAAAAGACACAGGUAUCCUUAAGAAACGUUGCCAGCUAAUGGGAAUAAGAGUGGAAAAUUGUUCAGAAAUGCAGAGGUACUUUAUUGUGCAGUAUGGAAGAGCAAUAAACUCUAAAAGUACCUUGAUAAUAUCUCAGGAAAAUGCUAAAGAACUAAUUGGAUAUUAUGUGAACCCGCAACCUAAGUCAUCACAUCCAAGCGAUCACAAGUCAAUAAUCGACCACCGGCGUGAGCAGCUCCGCCGUAUUGCCCUUGCGAGACGGGCGGCCAUGAAAGCCCAAAAGCCUGUGGACAAGAAGGAUGACCCUCGUGAGAUACAUGAACACAAGGACACCAGUGGCACAGACAGCCUCCUUGAGUCACCAAAGACUGCCAACGGAAGUGUUGCUCACCCAGGGUUCCCAGCAGCCCCUCGGCUAGGCGCGACCCCGGAGGUGCGAUCACAAAGGGCAACACGACACAAAAAGAUCAACUUUCUCGAGAUGCUGCGAGGUGACUCGGCAGCAAACAACGAGGAAGAGACACAUGACACAGCAGAGAAGUCCAAAAAGAUAAAGAACACCCCUGACAUGGGAGAAGGGAAGAAGCGGAAGCAGCCGGUGGAGCGAAAAAUGAAGGUGGUACGCUACACCAUUGAGUCGGACAGUAGCGAGGAGACGGAUAGCGUGGCGUCUGAGUACAGUUCCAGCUACGAGACUGACAGCGACUGCCAUGUCACACCGAUCAGGAAACCUCCCAUAAAACAACGCAAGCUGGGCCCACCUAUACAACUGAACAAACCCAAGCCCUUGAAGGUUAAGACAUUUCCCAGCAAGACUUUCAUAAAAGGUUUAAAAGUGAAAAUCCGACCAAACAGUAACAAAUCUCGCCCUGUUGCUACCUCGACCCCAAAUGCUGUUCAGGACAAUGGAAAAAGUAAGGCGUAUGGUUUGCAAGGUGUCAAAGUUGGCAAAUAUCAGUCUCUCACACCAUUGGGGCUAAGUAAAAAGCUGGUUGAUAAAGCAAAGGAAGGAAGUCACACUGUAGAAGUUCAAACUGCCAUCGAGUCUGAAGAAAGUGUGGAGGAAGCCUCCCCGGCUACGUUUGUGGACAAUCUAUUGAGUUCAAGGUCAGCUAGUGUUGAAAUGUCUGAGGUGGAUUUAAAAGUCUCGCCAACACUACCAGAUGAGAUAUUGGAAAGCAGUGACAGGUCAGAGAAUAUUGAACAUAUGGAAAAUACAGAUGCUGAAAAACCAAGUGCUAGUCAACCCGAAUAUGUACAUAUGGAUGUUGAAUCUAUCGGUUUGAAACAAUUAAGUGACUCAAUAACAGAAAGUAAGCCUCAGUCAACAGUAGAAAACAGGUUGUGUGCGAAUGAAAUAGAACUCGCUACCCCACAUACCCCCAUGUCCAUUUCUAAACGGAAGGACAGUGUUCAGAUUGGUUCGGAGGAGGUUCCCCUGCGGGUCGUUCACCGAGAUGCGAGCCCCCAAGCCGAGCCCCGAACUAGAUCCCAGCUUGGUGAGGUGUUCGUUGACCACUACCACAACAAGAAGUCAAUGUGUGUGAGGUGUUACACCUGCCGCAGGCUCCUGUCUGUGGACAACUUCCUACAACACCUGCACGAUAACUCCGGCUUGAUACAAAUUAACUCUCCAAGAACGAUAGAUACAGGGGAAUAUGAACUGAAUGAAAAAGAGCAGAAACUGUGGGAAACAUUUCAACGUAAAAAAGAACUGUUCGACAACAACCAGCUGCCAUCACCGGGAAUUAUACAGGACACUUUGAUGUACAAUAUUGGGGAUGACACGAAGUCUGUAAUGAAACAUCCGCAAGAAAUUGUUAAAGAACCAGUGCAGAAAAAGCCAACGGGCCCAAGAAUUAUAAAAACACCGGUAUCUUUGAGAAAGGAAAAAGUCAUGAGAAAAAAUGCUCCAAAAUUAUUGACAAGAACUGUUGUGCCAACCUCUGUUCAAAGUCAGAAAUCACUGUGCACGCCACCAGCUGUGCAGGAAAAUACGGAUGGUAUAAGAUCUAGUGGCAGAAAAAGAAAACUCAAACAGCUCUACCCAUUUGAGGAAUACUCGUAUGCUAAAUUCCCCAGAUUAAACAAAAACCUGCAUGAUAAUCAGAAUUCAGGACAUUAGCUGUGGUUAAAGGGGGACAAUGCUUUCAAAUUAUUUUUGUUGCUGUUUGACCUUUUUUUUAUUUAGUUUAUAAUUUAGAAACGAGUUUAUCGUGAAAAUAAAGUAGAAUUGGGCGUUUUUGUUUUGUUUUUUUUAACCUGUUUACUUUACAUCUUAAAAAAAAAAUCAUGAUUAUGUGCUUGCAAAGAUAGAUGUAGUAGAACAUGGAAUAUUAGUGCUUAACAUUUUUUUAUAUAUUAAUUAGAAUGUUGAAUACUUACUAAGCAUUUUUAAUACGGGACCUGUUUUUGUUAAAUUUUGUAGCAAUUUUUUUGAAUCUGUAGGGGAAAAAGGAAAAAAAAAAGCUUGUUUGUUUUUUCUGGGUCAUUAUUGACAUCAUUGUAGAUGUUAUAUUUAUCCCCCAUGUCGAUGUCUAUAUACACAUGUUGUACAGCCCAUUACAAGUGAAUAUAUGUAUUAUAUAUAUUGUACUGUAAGACAUUUUCUGCUGUGUUAUAUUGUUUUCAUGAUGUGACAUGCAGUACAUUCUUCAAUGUGUAGUAAAUACUUGAUAAUUAAUAAGACAAGGCGUCUAGUUUAUACACACACUGCCUUUUUAUGUCUGUUUUUUUCUGAGUUCAGUUUGGUGUUUAAUAAAGUGGUUGGUAUUGAUACAACUUAAAACUUCAUGAAUGGACUAAGACUUACAUCAGCUCAAGGUUUGCAUGUAAGGCUGUUGUAAGUCCUACUAUUAAUUCAAGGAGUUACUUGAGUUUCACAGACACCCUCAAUCUGUAUACAAGUUAUAUGUAAAGUUUAAGAAUGGAAUACAAUUUACAUCGUUGAACAAUAAUACAUGUGAACGGGACAUAUUAUUAUUGUAACUAUACGGUUAUCUUAUUUGCAAGUCAGUCUGUUAAAUUUUAUAUCUUACGAGUUUUGAAAAGUAUUGCAGUGAAAAUUGACAAAACUUAAAAACUUUGUUUAUUUUUUAAAUGGUAAAUGUUAGUUAACCGUUUUUUUUCACAUUAAUUAAAUUGAUUCUAAAGACAGCCAUGCUAAGAUCCUUCAUAAGUUUAACUGAAUAUUCAGUGAAAUUAUAUUUUAAUAUUGAUAUCAGGCAAUAUUAAGGUCACUGUUUAUAUUGACAAUGUUCAACCAAUGUUUAGUUGAAGGGAGAUAACUUACCUGCAUUUAUUUUUCUCUAUUAGGACGGCUAGUACAUUUAGUUGAUGACUUUGUUAGACAUUGUGCUUACGUCCUCCCCACAUUUUGUAAUAUGCUAAUAUUCCAUCGUAAUAUUCACUGUUAUAAUUAUUAUUAUGAUUAUUAUCGACCAUUGUCUAAACAUGGUGUUUUAAAUAACUUACAUUAUUUCUAUUUAGUUUCACAUUGUUUAUUUGACAAUUGGAAUUAAAUGCUUGAAAAAAAGAAUAAAAGUUAAAAUCAC